AUGGAUAUCCUGCUUUUUGUUCUCCAGAUGGUUCUGUGUCCUCCUCUUCCCAAGAGCCCAAAUCCCAACUACAAGAGAAUCAAACAGCUUCACUCUCUGGGUCAAUCCCCUCAUGCCCUUUACCUGCUUACCUGUUCAAAGGCUCCCAUAUGAAAUAAGCACUUCCCCUACCUCAUGGCAGUACUGACUCCCAAGAGCAACCAGAAAAUGAAGAAAUGGAAGCUCUUUAGACAGAUAAAGAAGCUUGCCAGGGCCUUUGAAAAGGUGACUUUGCUAGAACUUGGCUGCUGUCCCUGUGCUAACUUUGAGUUCUAUCAGGCCAGCUUCAGGGUCACCUGCAUGGAUCCCAACCUCUACCUUGACAAGCUCCUACAGAGUAUGGUCAAAAACAAGCACCUUAAAUAUGAAGAGUUUCUAGUGGCUUCAGGGGAGGACAUUCAAGUGGCUGAUGGCUCCAUGGAUGCAAUGGUCUGCAUCCUGAUCCCAUGCUUAGCUAAGCCAAGAAAGGUCCUAUGCAAAGUCCAGAGAGUGCUAAAAAAGGGAGGCAUCUUCUGUUUGGAGAAACACAUGGGUGAGCCUCCUGGAAAUUGGGCCUUGAUGUGGCAGCUGGUUACUGAGCCCACCUGGAAGUACAUUGACAAUGGCUGCUAUUUCACCAGGGAGACCCUGAAAGAGCUGGAGAGGGCCAGGUUUUCUUAACUCCAACUGGUCUUAACUCCAAUUGGUCCCCACAACAUGGGACUGGCUGUGAAAAGAUUAUAA